AUGCAACAUAGAGACAACAAAGACAGAUUGGUCCUGCAUGCUGCGACACACCGCAUUCGGCAUCACCUUUGUCCUCUGUAUCUCUUGUGUUCUGGGGAAAACAAUAGUGGUGUUAAUGGCUUCAGGGCCACACUUCCAGGCAGUAAUUGGAUGAAAUGGUUUGGGCCUGCACAACAGAAACUCAGUGUUCUGGGUUUCACUCUAAUACAAGUUGUCAUAUGUAUCCUCUGGUUAACAAUUUCCCCUCCUUUUCCAUUUAAGAAUUUUAAGGAGUUUAAGGACAAAAUCAUCUUUGAGUGUGCUCUGGGCUCAGCUGUAGGCUUUUGGGCUGUACUUGGGUACAUCGGAGUUCUGGCCAUGUUAUGUUUUAUUCUUGCUUUUCUGGCUCGGAAACUGCCUGAUAAUUUCAAUGAAGCUAAAUUCAUCACAUUCAGCAUGCUGAUAUUCUGUGCAGUGUGGAUCACUUUUAUCCCAGCGUAUGUCAGCUCUCCUGGAAAAUUUAGUGUUGCUGUAGAGAUAUUUGCUAUUCUGGCUUCAAGUUUUGGUCUGCUCAUUUGUAUUUUUAUUCCCAAAUGUUAUAUUAUCUUACUGAAACCAGAAAAGAACACAAAAAAGAAUAUGAUGGGUAAGGGGGCACCAAAACCUUCCUGAAAACUUAACACAAUAUGGUGGCAAAGGCAUUCUAUAGUCCCAGUUUAAGUUUUAGUUAAUGAGUUAAUAACCAGACUGUCAAGUAGAUAUCUAUCUGCAUUAUUCGAAAGCCAUGUAUUGUACUACUGUAGUAUUUAUGCACUGUAUAUGAUUUGAUUUUUAAUGUAGCAUAUUGAGAUUACAGCACUUAAUACAAUGUAAUACACAAUCGUAUCAACCAGUAUAUACUUAAGUACAAAGAAAUGCAUAAGCCGAUUACCGGAUUCCUUACAGAUUUUACAAAAAUGAAUACAGUUUAUAAAAUUGUAAUCAACGAAUAAAUCCAUUGUUACACAGACAGA